AUGGAUUAGACUCAAUAAAUUCUCAAUCUCUAUAAUAAUGAACUAAUUUAGAAGAUACAAGAAUCUAAGGAUCUUUGGGCAUAGAUAUCAAUUGAACAUACUCCUGUUGAAAAUAUCACCAAACAGCUAAGAAGCUUUAAAUUGAAUUUUGUAGAUCCUAGUUUUACACCUUCUGAAUUAUCCCUUUAUCCUUAAGAAUUAGUAGAGGUAGGAGGGCCAUUCGAUAAGAAAAUUCAAUGGCGCAGACCAAAAGAUUUCAUUUAAUCAUUGAACCCACAACUUUUACCUGAGUAAAUAAAGCCAGAAGUAUUUAGAAAGCAAAUUGAAUCCAGAGAUAUUAGAGAGGGAUCUCUUGGAGACUCAUGGUUUUUAGGAGCAAUUGCUACUUUAGCUGAACACCCACAGCUUUUAGAGAAACUAUUUGUAAAUAAGACUUAUAAUGAAGAAGGAGUAUACAGAGUAAGAAUAUGCAAAAAUGGAGAAUGGCAGUCUGUAACAAUUGACGACUAUUUCCCUUGCUUUAUCAAUGGAGGACCCAUUUUCUCAACUACAAGCGAAAAUGAGCUUUGGGUGUUGAUUCUUGAGAAAGCCUAUGCAAAAGUACAUGGAUCAUAUCUAGCUUUAAGAGGGGGUUACGCUAUUGAAGGUAUACAAGAUCUAACUGGAUGCCCAUCAACUUAAUAUGAUCUGUUAAGUCAAUAUGUAAGACAGACUAUUUAAAAUGGUGACUUGUGGAAGCUGCUACAGUUUUAUGAAAAAGAACAGUAUCUAAUGAGCGUAUCAACUGAUGGAGAAGAUUAAGAACUCGCUGGGAAUUUUAUCGUGCAAUUUUAAAGUUAUUAAGAUAGAGAGACAAAUCUUUUGAAAGCUCACUCAUAUACGAUACUUAAAAUAGUUGAGGUCAAUAAUAAUAAGCUUAUAAAUCUUAGAAAUCCUUGGAAUGCACCCUUUAAUUUUAGAGGUAAAUGGAAUGAAAACAGUCCUCUUUGGACAUAAUAAAUGCGAAGGCAUUUAGAGCCAACAUUUGACAAAGAAAAUAGCAAUUUUUGGAUAAGUUUCGAAGAGUUUACUCAAUAUUUUAAGACUUUGAACACAUGCAGGAUUAAGAAUUGGGAGGAAAUUAGAGUUAGAGGCAAAUAUUUGAGAGUUCAAGAUAAAAACAAUCAAACAAAUGAAAUAGUACUGAGUAGAUGGUACUACACUCUUGAAAUAAAGAAAAGAACUCAUGUGUUUAUCGGAAUCCAUUAAGAAGAUGAAAGAAUACAGGGUGUUAGCGAAACAAGACCUUAUUAAGAUAUUGGAGUUUUAGUAUUGAAAUAAACAUCUGAGGGGACAAGACUAGUUUAAAUGAAGGAGUUACAAGAAACUAGAUAAAGUGAGCUCGACAUAUAUUUGGAGGAAGGAACUUAUUUCAUCAUUCCAAAAACUUCUGGUUGCUUGCUUAAGGUUGAUAAUCAGGAGCAAGAUCGCAAUUAAGUUAAUUUCCUAAAGAAACAAACGAAAUAACCAUCUGAUCAUUAUCUCUCUACUCUUAAGGAUAUAUUUAGAAAAUUCGACCUUUAAAUGAAUGGAGAGCUAUAAUACCAUGAGUUUGGGGACUUUUUCACUAGCCUAGGUUUCAAAAUUAAUGAAUAAGAAUUUCAAAGCUAGAUUUUAGAUAAGUAUUGCUCUACAGCAGAUGGAUUGACAUUCCAUGGUUUCAAAGACUUCAUGGUUGCAUCAUUAUUCUAAUAUGGCUAUGAUAACAUGAUAUAGUGGUUAUAUAAGCUAGGAUAUGUCUAAUAGGAGGAUAGAUUCAUAUCCGAAAGAUCUAGAGUCUUUAUCAUGACUAUUCAUAGUGAAUAUCAAGUUUAAAUGGUAGUAAAUGAUUGUCUACACAACGAUAUUGAAUUUAAAACUUAGCAUAUUGACCCUGCUACAAGUGAUGAUGUUAUUGAAGAAGAUUAAGAUGAUAGAGAAUUUCCUAUUCAAGUGAGGAUAGAUUUGACUCAGUUUAAUAACGUCAUUCAAACAAAUACACAUAUGCCAUUCAUAGAAAAAACUAUUGAGCCAGGAGAAUCAAUUUUUAUGUUCCAUGCCAAGAUUACUGAUGCAAACUUUAAACAGCCCUUAAAGCCAACAAUAUAAUAUCAUAGGUUGAUGUAAAGUGAAGAUGCAUAGAAUGAGAGUAGAUUCGCAAUUUGA